AUGGACCCUCACUCCGUCGCCUACAUUAGGCACACGUUUUGCACCCGCGGCACCAUAACGUCCAAGAAACCUGGCAAUGUUGGGCCCAAGCAACUUAUUCCCCUGAACUCGUCCAAGAGCUCGUUCAUGCGGGCCCAAGGUGAUGUUCUUGGGCUCCGUCGUGCGUCCACGCUGCGAUGA